UCGUUGUGUGUGGGCUUUGUGGCCGUAAGGCUAAGUGGGCAUUAUGGCUGCUCAGAAAGAGCUCUGUGAUGCCAUUGUGAUCGGGGCAGGCAUCCAGGGCUGCUUUACCGCAUACCACCUGGCCAAACACAGGAAAAGAGUCAUCCUGCUGGAGCAGUUCUUUCUACCACAUUCCCGAGGAAGCUCCCAUGGGCAGAGCCGGAUCAUCCGAAGGGCAUACCCUGAAGACUUUUACACCCAGAUGAUGGAAGAAUGCUACCAGAUAUGGGCUCAGCUGGAGCAUGAGGCCGGAACCCAAUUACACAGGCAGACGGGGCUACUACUGCUGGGAAUGAAGGAGAAUCCAGAAUUAAAAACGAUCCAGGCUACUUUGUCUAGACAGGCUGUGGAGCACCAGUGUCUUUCAGCUGAGGAACUGAAGCAACGUUUCCCCAAUGUCCGGUUGGCCAGGGGAGAAGUGGGGCUCUUGGACGAGUCUGGAGGAGUUCUCUAUGCAGACAAGGCCCUCAGAGCCCUCCAGGAUGCAAUUCGACACCUUGGAGGCCUAGUGUGUGAUGGAGAGAAGGUGAUGGAGAUAAAGCCGGGGCUACCAGUCAUGGUGAAAACUACGUCCAGGAGCCACCAAGCCAAGAGCUUGAUCAUCACAGCAGGCCCUUGGACCAACCAGCUCCUCCGUCCCUUGGGAAUUGAGCUGCCCCUGCAGACCCUGCGGAUCAAUGUGUGUUACUGGCGAGAGAAGGUUCCCGGAAGCUACAGUGUGUCCCAGGCCUUUCCUUGCUUCCUAGGCCUCGACCUCAGCCCUGCUCCCCACCACAUCUACGGGCUGCCCUCUGGGGAAUAUCCAGGGCUGAUGAAGGUCUGCUAUCACCACGGCAACAAUGUAGAUCCUGAGGAGCGGGACUGCCCGGAAGCAUUCUCUGACAUCCAAGACGUCCAGAUCCUAGGCCGCUUUGUCAGAGAUCACUUACCUGACCUAGAGCCCAAGCCUGCCGUUUUGGAGCACUGCCUGUACACGAACACCCCUGACGAGCACUUCAUUCUUGAUCGACACCCAAAGUAUGACAACAUUGUCAUCGGUGCUGGAUUCUCUGGACAUGGAUUCAAGCUCUCCCCUGUUGUGGGGAAGAUCCUGUAUGAAUUAAGCAUGAAAUUAAAGCCAUCCUAUGACUUGACACCUUUUAGAAUGAGCCGCUUCUCUGGGCUGGGCAAAGCCCACCUCUGACCCCUGGCCAGCGGCCUCCUUUGUGUACAUUGGAGCUGGGAAUAAAGCCCUCCCGCCAUAACACGUCAGCUUGUGCUCCUGCCUCUUGAUUCCCCUGUCAACACUGCAUGAUUGAAUCAACCGACCUUCUUCCCCCGGCCAGCUCCCCAGUCCCACUAUGCUUUUUUGCUUCCGGAAGGUCAACCAGAUAGUCUACAAUCACAGAGUAGCAAGGACCUUCGAGAUGGAUGUCUCAAUAAGGAAGACGCAUAAGGACUGGCUCAGGGGACCAAAGCAGUUGUUAAAAUUCUCUUUGCUGAGACAUUUGAUAAACUUGGGGUGGAUUUGACUAAAGCCACCCAGGGGAAGGCAAACAAGAUGAUUUGUGGAUCGCUGCUGCCCUUGGAGUUCCUUUUCCGAAAACUAGAGCCACCCUCCAUAAUAGUCUCCCAUAAAAUCUAGCUCACCUUGGGUGCACAAUAAAUGCUUGUUGAAAAAAAUGUGUUGAGCAAACAGAUAAAUAAAAAGCUGCAUUGCGUUAAA